CCAACAGCGCGCUCGGUCGCAACUCGCAAAGGGAGCUCGCGCGCUCAGUGUCUUCCUUCAAUAUUAACAGUGACGGUGCAGAUCUGCGGCACCCUCGUCCCUGGUUGCUUUUCGCAGACACGGCUGCGCCACGGAUCACAGAGAGACGUGAGCGUAACAAUUUGAAAAGUCACUCGCACCGCCAACGAAGGCACCUGACAAGAAGCGGGCAGGAUGCAAGACCGUAACAACACAACCGCCGACUUGCGGACCAACUUCCUGAAGAGUCGCUUGGCCAGGUUGCCACAUCUACCAGCCAUCGCUCCUGGUUCCGCAGCUGACCUGGGUUCCCAGAGCUGCACAGCACCCAGCCUGCAGUCCGCGGCAGAUCCAAUGCAGCAAGAUGACGCCGCAGAUGGCGAAGAAGGUGACACGUUUGGUGCGAUGCCUCCCCCGCUGAAUAUGAACCCGCGAGGAUCAAAGCUCCGCCAUGUCGCACAGGACGAUUGGAGUCCAUUGACCGCGGAAGGCUGCUUUGCCGAGGCGCUAGAAGUGGACGUGGCAUAUCCCAUAACCCUUGGGUCCGCCUCGGCUUCUAGUAGCAGGGGGCCAUCGGGGACAGCCGUUUCAGCUCAAUCAAUGCUCCAGGCCUCUGGGUUAAGCGAUCAUGGAGUCUUUCGGGUUUACUACACACCGCCCAUCUCACCGUCGUUGCGAGUAAAGCAGGAGACGGCUGGGAAAAAACUUCCACCACGGUCAGCUGGUGGCAGCAGCGGAACAGCAGAGCUUUCCAACGAAUCUGUAGGCGUGAUGGCGAUCAACGGAGCAUCGGAGGCUGCUCUGCUUAAUUUGGAGCCGCUGGCGUUGGAAGACGAUGAAGGUGAAGGGUCAUCCUCACUAAACCCGCGACAUGCAGAUGAUGACCCGGGCACGGUAUUCUUCUUGAUUCAUGGCGCGGGUUUCAGCGCGUUAUCCUGGGCGUUGAUGGCCCGCGAGAUCACAAAAUCUACCAAUGGCGAAGCUGGGCUCAUUGCAGUCGACUGUCGCGGGCACGGACGAACACGGCAUCCGGAUCACCAUUUACCGCUGGACAUGUCUCUGGAUUCGCUCACAGCCGACAUGAUCGGUGUGCUGCGUGCCCUUUAUCCCUCCCCAAAAAAAGUGCCGAACCUCGUCCUGGUAGGGCACAGCAUGGGCGGCUCCGUAGCCGUUUCGCUCGCGCACGCGCUGCUGCCGUCAUUCGGAACACCACCGCCGAUCCCCAGCGUGCGCCUGACCGGCGUCGCCGUCCUAGACGUCGUGGAGGGGACGGCGAUGGACGCGCUGUCAGGCAUGGAGGGUAUCGUCAAGUCUCAGCCGCAAGGAUUUGUAAGCGUCGAAGAAGCGAUCCGCUGGCAUGUCGAGAGCAACACGAUCCAGAAUCGCGAAAGCGCGCGCAGGAGCGUCCCGCCGCUUGUCGUGCCGAAUCCGCACUUCAAGCAGGAGCAGUCGGCGGAAGGGCUAGUUCAAGAGGAGGAAGUUGAAGAGAUACUGGAGGAGAUCCAGGAGAAACGCUUGGCAGACAAACCGGCGUCCAAUCCACAUGAUUCAAGCGCGAGGAGAGCGAGCAAGCACCCGUACAUCUGGCGCGCGGACCUGCUCGCCUCCGCGCCAUAUUGGAGCGGCUGGUUCCAGGGCCUCUCUUUGCGCUUUUUGGAGGUACGGUGCGCGCGGCUGCUGCUUUUGGCCGGCGCAGACCGGCUGGAUAAGGACCUGAUGAUCGGGCAGAUGCAGGGAAAGUACCAGCUCGUCGUCUACCAAGACGUCGGGCAUUGCCUGCAGGAGGACGCGCCUGCGCGCACGGCGCAGACGCUCAUCGAGUUCUGGAGGAGGAACGAGAGCAUCAAGGUCAAGAGGAUUGUACCUGGUUCAGGCGUCAAGGAGAGUGUGAGGUUGCACAAGGUUGGGCAGUAGCAUGUCGAGUUCACAAGAAUGAUGCUUGCUUGUCGAUCGCAAUCUAUUUUUAGCCUAGGUAUAUUACUGGG